UUUUGAUUGACAUUUCGCAAUACAAUCGUACUGUACGAUUCACCAAAUCCGCGUUUUAACGUUUCUCUUUAUUAAAAACAAUGAAAUAGUAUAUUGAAAGACAUUAAAAUGGUAGAUGAAAGUACUAAGAAGACUUUGAGUAGCAUACCAUUGCUCCAAACAAAAGCAGGACCAAGAGACAAGGAUUUAUGGGUAACCCGAUUGAAAGAGGAAUAUCAAGCACUAAUCAAGUACGUGCAAAACAAUAAAGCCGCUGAUAAUGAUUGGUUCCGUUUAGAGUCCGAUAAGACGGGAACCCGAUGGUUCGGGAAGUGUUGGUACGUUCACAACCUACUCAAGUAUGAGUUUGAUUUGGAGUUUGAUCUCCCAGUAACAUAUCCAACUACAGCUCCUGAAUUAGCUCUGCCAGGGUUAGACGGUAAAACUGCUAAGAUGUACAGAGGAGGGAAGAUCUGCCUCACUGAUCACUUCAAACCGCUUUGGGCUAGGAAUGUACCCAAAUUUGGUAUCGCCCACGCUAUGGCUCUCGGGUUGGGACCGUGGUUGGCUGUUGAAAUACCCGACUUAAUAGAAAAAGGUGUAAUAACUUAUCAAGAAAAAACGGAACAGGAAAAAAAAUGAAUAAAAUACAUUCUAUGUACCUAUAAUUUGUAUAUAGAAGAGAGUGCGCUGUUAAUAAUAAUUAAAUAUUCAUUUUUUAAUA